CGAAGACUUGUAUUCACUAUCUGGCCUUAUAUAGUACUAAUAACCAUUAGGGAUUCGUACAUAUAAACUAAAUAUAGUGGAAUCUGAUUUGGGAUAAAGGGUAGUGAAAGCACAUCACAACGCUGCAAUGGCAAAAGUGGGUAGAAUGAAGCUGGGAUCACAAGGCUUGGAGGUGUCCUUGCAGGGUCUUGGCUGCAUGGGCAUGUCUGCUUUCUAUGGCCCUCCUAAGCCAGAACCUGACAUGAUUGCUCUUAUUCACCAUGCCAUAGAAAGUGGUGUCACAUUUCUUGACACCGCUGACGUCUAUGGCCCUCACACCAAUGAAAUCCUUCUUGGAAAGGCUCUGAAGGGAGGGGUGAGAGAGAAGGCUGAAUUGGCUACAAAGUUUGGAGCCUAUUUUGCUGAAGGGAAAAUAGAGAUCCGUGGUGAUCCAGCAUAUGUGAGAGCUGCUUGUGAGGGAAGCUUGAAGAGACUUGGUAUCGAUUGCAUUGAUCUCUAUUACCAACAUCGUGUUGAUACUCGUGUGCCAAUUGAAGUCACGAUCGGAGAGCUUAAAAAACUUGUUGAGGAAGGCAAAAUCAAAUAUAUUGGUCUGUCUGAGGCCUCAGCUUCAACAAUCAGAAGAGCACAUGCAGUUCAUCCAAUAACAGCUGUCCAGUUGGAGUGGUCGCUAUGGACAAGAGAUAUGGAGGAAGAAAUAGUUCCAACUUGCAGGGAACUUGGUAUUGGAAUCGUUGCAUAUAGUCCUCUUGGGCGAGGAUUCCUUUCAUCAGGAGCAAAGUUAAUUGAGAAUAUGUCACAGGAUGACCUCCGGCAGUAUCUGCCUAGAUUUCAACCUGAAAACAUGGAGCACAAUAAGACUAUAUUUGAGAGGGUUAAUGAACUUGCUGCAAAGAAGGGAUGUACUCCAUCUCAGCUUGCGUUGGCCUGGGUUCAUCACCAAGGAAAAGACGUGUGCCCUAUACCUGGAACAACAAAAAUUGAGAACUUCAAUCAAAAUAUUGCCGCUUUAUCUGUCAAAUUAACACUGGAAGAAAUGGCAGAACUUGAGUCCUUUGUUGCUGAAGAUGCUGUUAAGGGUGAUAGAUACGCGGAUACUACACCUUCAUGGAAGGAAUGUGAUACUCCACCACUUUCUUCUUGGAAAGAUGCACAAUGAAGUGCAUUGCUUAAUGCUUAUAAUAGUGUACCUUAAGUAUUUGCUGCUGCUACCUUGAGAAACAGAUAGGCAAGAGGGGCAUGCCUACCCUUUUGAAAGGAAUUUGGCUGAAUAAACCUUUCUAGUUUCUAGCAGUUGAUGUGUCUUUUUAUGUGUGUUGAACUCUAUUGCAGAUAUCUUUUAUUUGUGGUUAUUCUUUCGUCACAAAUUCCUACGUUGGAAGUAAAUUUCGUCACAAAUUCCUGUGUCACAAAUUUAUUUGUGACGAAAUUUGAUUAUUUGUGUCGAAAAUUGUCAUUUGUGACAAAAUUUAUGACGAAUUUUUUCGUCACAAAUAAACUUUUUUCUUGUAGUAUAUAAUGAUUAAGGGAUGUAUGAGUCAUUUGCUUAGUCAAUCGGAUGUGGCACAAUUGUGGAAGUGUGGCAAGCCUU